GUGUUGACUGCUCCCCAAUACUCCCACUCGCACUCCCACCCGGUGCACUCACGCCAAUAUCAUUCGCUGUCUGACUAUCACCUUGCCCGUUCCGCCACCGGCUCCCUCUCUCGCCCUCCCCUUCACGAGUCCUCUUCGGCUCUUCCGGAGCGAGAGGGGGUUCCGUCAUGUCCCGGGCGUUCUCUGCAGCAUUCCACUGAAAGCAACGCGGAGGAGCAUAUGUCGAAUAUCCCGCCAGUUUCAGGUCCUUCGCCAACCGAUGCACGCUUGCGUGGCAACCCCGGUUCGCUCGAACGAAAGAGACGCCAUGUAGACGAAGAUAUCCUCUCUUCUGCUACGGAACGUCGUGAAUUCGCGCGCUCUCGGCCUCUUUCCUGGCACCCUUCUACCCCAGUGGAACCACCGCUGGGCUCUUCACAGCAUCGCUCUAUUGGCGUCAACUCGAUCUUGAAUCAUCCAGCAACGGAAGGGCCAGGAGGCCGGACAGCAUCAGUAGACGGUGGCCGCGAGGGCCUUGAGGAGCAGAUGCAUUCAGACUCAACACCGUCUCAUUCUCGCUUUUCUUCUUCGUCAUCGGCGGUGCAUCUCCCUUCCCCUUCUAUGCACACCGCAAAACCUGCAGUUUUGUCACCACCUGGUGUGAGAAACCACCAGGGCAUGGCUCCCAUUUCACCCUCUGCACGGAUCGUGGGCGCAACUGGAUACUUCACCCCAAAGACUGGUGGUCCGGGACACUCCCCGCUAGCCCAACAGCUACCUGGUCUACAGUCGGUAGCACCGGGAUCGCCUUUACCAGUCGAAACCUCCUCUGGACAUCCUCCGCCCGGAUCGGGUCUUUAUCACCACCACCAGAGCUCUGCGCCCUCGACAUCAGCAUUUGCAACCCACCGAGGGAGCAUGAGCCACACCCCGACCCCUAGCUCCAAGGAGAGCAGCCCUACAACGCCCGUAUCCAUGUUUAACCAGUUGGGCCGCUCAUCACCAGCCCUUUCUGCUGCGCCACCCCCCCAGUCUGCCCCAACGUACAUGACCUCUGCCCCAUACGCGACAGCCGACCCUGUUUCUCGGCAACCGGCCUCCCUCACUGGGCAGAGUCGCUCCGGUGGGACGGAAACACCUGGCGUGGGAGGGGCCCAGAAUCAAUCGAGCACCCUUCGUCCAGGUAUGAUACCUUGCUUCGUCGACAUGAAAUCGGGCUCUUCAAGCCAAGCAGAGAAGCGGAAGGCGAACAGCGAUGCGUCCAGGAGAUUUCGUAACAGAAAACGGAACGAGAUGCAGAUGGAGCAGAAGAUCACUUCACAGCAGGAUGAGAUCCGGAAGCAGGCGGAAACCAUCCAGAAACAGGUCGAGGAGCUUCAAGUUUUGAUGGAGCAGCGGGAAUUCUAUCGCUCUGAGAGGGACUACUUCCGCGAACAAGCCUCUCACUUUGUCCAGAUCCCUGCCCGAUCGGCAUCCCCUCAGCUCCUACGACCCAAGGCUGAAGCCCCCGGGCCGGAGAGGGAGGCUCAAGCUUGGACUGGAUCAGAUGGCCCGCUGAAGGUUGAAGAAGCAACACCAGAUCUGUCCUCUCACCAACGCGCGGCGGGGCCUAUCGGGCCCGCUCCAAGUGUUACCCCCCUUCCCGGUACAAUGCCUGGGGGACGCUGGUCUGCUCCGUCGCCGCACUCGUCCGCACAGACAGCGGACGAGCGACAAGCAAGGCCGAUGCCUCCGAUACCGGGCGCGUGGAAUCGCACUGCGUAG